AUGAAACGAUGGAGACUCCAAACUUUGUUUCGGUUGCUUCUGUGCAUCAUCGUUUUGCCAACCUGUUGGUGUGCAAACGGGAAAUAUGCUCAGCAGCUCCUGAAAGAUUUAUUCAUCAACUACACAAGUGCACUGAGGCCUGUGGAGGACACCAACAACAUCCUGAAUGUGACCCUGCAGGUUACGCUGUCGCAAAUUAUCGACAUGGAUGAGCGAAACCAAAUUUUGACAGCAUAUUUAUGGAUACGACAAGUGUGGGUUGAUGCACACCUCAAAUGGAAUAAAGAUGAUUACGAUGGACUCGAUACCAUCCGUAUACCUAGUAGUUAUGUAUGGAGACCUGAUAUAGUCCUAUAUAACAAUGCAGACAAUCAUUUCACUGGCCCCAUGGACACCAAUGUGGUGAUCCGACACAAUGGGGAGAUCAUGUGGGAUUCCCCCGCUAUCACCAAGAGCUCUUGCAAAGUGGACGUGUCUUUCUUCCCCUUCGACGCUCAGCAGUGCAGGUUCACGUACGGCUCCUGGACCUACAACGGGAACCAGCUGGACAUCCUGAACGCCAUGGAGAGCGCGGACCUGGCUGACCUGGUGGUCAACGUGGAAUGGGAGGUGGAGGGCAUGCCGGCCAAGAAGAACGUUAUCCAGUACGGCUGCUGCGCUGAGCCUUACCCGGACGUGACCUACAUACUGAAACUGAAAAGAAGAGCUGCCUUUUACGUUUUCAACUUGCUAAUACCGUGCGUUAUGAUCUCUUUCCUGGCUCCACUGGGCUUCUACCUGCCGGCUGACUCUGGAGAGAAGGUGUCUUUGGGGGUCACCAUGAUGCUGGCCCUCACUGUCUUCCAGCUGCUGGUUGCAGAGAUCAUGCCGCCAUCUGAUAACGUACCUCUUAUUGGAAAAUAUUACAUUGCAACCAUGACCAUGAUCACGGCCUCCACCGCCCUGACCAUCUUCAUCAUGAACAUCCACCACUGUGGCCCCGAUGCAAAGCCUGUUCCCAAGUGGGCCAAGACAGUCAUUAUGCAGUACAUGGCCAGAAUGUUCUUUGUUUAUGAAGUCGGAGAGAACUGCAUGUCUCCACAACCAGAGAAGCAGGAGCUUCCUCUGGCGACAAACACCGACUGCACCAUGAACGGUCAGGCAGGAGCAGGCCGAGAGGACUGUGGCUUAAAAAUGGAGCGAGCACAAGAGACAGAGAACGCAGAGGAGAGGGAGGACAUCGACCAGAUGAUGAGUCCCAUAGGCUCAAUGGGGAAGAACCCAACAAACCACUACGGUGCUUGGAAAAACGGGUUUUUUAUGAGCAUGGACUGCGCAGAUGCGGAGGGUCCGAGGAGAAGCAGGAAACCAGGUGUUAGCGACGGAGAGAGAAAUGAUAGAGAGACGUCCGGCAGCAGCCAAAGCAAUGAGAGGCAGCUGCUGCGUAACAUUGAGUACAUAGCCAACUGCUACAGGGACCAGAGAGCCACGCAGAAACGGACUGGGGAGUGGAAGAAGGUGGCCAAAGUUUUAGAUCGCUUCUUCAUGUGGAUGUUUUUCAUUAUGGUGUUUUUCAUGAGCCUGCUCAUUAUGGGAAAAGCCAUCUAA